CAACAACUGCCUGAACACAAUGGCAGCGUACUACCGUGUGUCAGGAGAGGAGUUGUGGACACAGCUGCAGGAGAGACAGUUUGACUGGUACAGUGCCACUUAUCAGCUGCUUCUGGCCCGCAAGAAACUGGGACUGCCUUUGCAACUCAGCUUACCUCCCUCUGCUCGGACCAGACUACAGAGUAUGAGAAGAGCUGUUGUUGGCGGAGACAUCAAUCCUAAAGGCACUUUUGUCAAGCUUCCCAAGACUGAAAAAACUCCAGAAAAGACAGAGAAGGAAAAUGAGAGCAACAUGAUGCUGCCUCCUGAGCGCACCAGGAGUCGAGUGCUGAGGAAGCGUCAGAGAAGCAUCACAAGGGAGCCUUCAGCAUCUCCGAUCCCAAAAAAAGUCGCAGCUACAGAAAUCACUCCCAACGAAGGAUUCCAGACACCUAAAAAAUCAAAUAGAAGCACACCCAGUACCCCAGUCAACAGGGUGUCAUCGCCGAGCUCACGGCUUUUGAACAGCAUAGAACGCAAGCUGCAACACGUACGCAAGGCUCUCACCCCCAAAAAGCAACAAUCCAAUGACUGCAUUCUGCCCACCCUUCUAACUUCCAAGAACAUGUCCAAUAUUUCAACUACAUCAUCAAGCAGUCCAGACUAUGUCAGGGAAGAACUAGUAAAGGCAUUGAACAGCAAGGGCAUCGAAUGUCACUGCAAAGGGUAUUCCAUCAGAGGCAAGGUACAAUCAGAAGGGAAGGUGUGCAAGUUAUCGUUUGAGCUAGAGAUCUGUCUCAUCCCCACUACAGCAAACGUCAGUGGCUCUGUGGUCGGUGUUCGCAGGAAACGCCUCAAAGGCGACGCCUGGUGCUACAAGCGAGUCUGUGAGGAGGUUCUGCUUCUAGCCAACCUCCAGUGAUUCCAUAUCUACAAGGUUAUAGGUUGUGUUUUUGUAGAUAUUGUUUUCUCCUUUCCAUACUCUUUUUUACCUGUCAUUAUCUUUUUGACUUGUUAAUUACGUUAGCUUUAAACUCUAUUCCAAAGGACGUAACCGAGGUCUAUGGGUUGUUGUAUGUAACCAAGGACUCUAUUUAAAUAAAACUUCUAGUGGAUUAUACUAUUAUUAUGUAUUAUAUAAUGUUUUGUUUUUGUUUUAAAGAGGUAUUUUGUUUCUAAACCUGUGAGUUUAGUUAAGACCACAAUUUCUCAGUUAUUUAACCCUAACUAUAUCUCGACUAUUGUGUUUUUUAUUUACAUUGAAAAAACGAUCUUUAUAAAACAAGUUAGUGACAUGAUAAUGUUUCUUAUAUUUAAUUCAUUAUUCAACUCAAAUGUUAGGCUAUACAUCAUACAUCAUAGGCUUGACAUCUUACAUUUACUUGAAAAAAUCUUUUCUAUUUUAUAGUCUUUGGAGAUGAGGCCCACAUUUUUCUUUAGUAGUCCCAGUUCCAUAAUCAGCAUUUUUUUUAAUAUUAAUUUUUUUACUAAAAUUAAAUGCACAUUAAACUAGUUUUUACAAGGUUGAUGGUUAAGAGAAUGACAUUGUGUAUUUGGAGACUAUUUUUCUAGAUUUUUCAUCAAGGUUUCUAUAAAGGGAAUUUCAACCCCUUUAACACAGCCUUCAAUGAGAAUCCUAUGUCUUGACAUCUUUUACAAUCCUAUAAGUUUAUCCUAUAAGAAGUUAAGUCAAGAUGAUCCACAUCACUCUCUUACUUUAUGUUAUGAACACUGUAUUAUUGAUUUGACUUAUGACAAUGAAGGUAUUGUUGUGUAGUAAAAUAUAUAUAGGUUGAAUACUUUAUCAUAUUAUAAUUGAGAUAUAUAUCAUUGUUCACCUAAUGGAACUAACUGAAGGUACCAAAUGCAUAGGCCUAUACCUAAAAAAAAUAGUUUUUCUUACUUCUUAAUUUUCUUAAUUAGAGCUUCAGAUAUAUUUGUUAGCAUAUACAUUUAAUAUAACUCUAACAACACAACUAAUGUUCCUUUCUUUUGUCCCAUUCGUAAGAAACUAUUUUCAUGAGAUAAGAUGUUAAUUGUGAAAUUUCACUCAGGGUGUUUUGUACUUUUAUAAUUAAAACAUAUA